AGAGAGAGAGAUGGGGGAUGGGCGACUUUGAAAACAAGAGGAGGAGAGAUGUUGUGAAAUACACGCCAGCUAUUGGAUCGUCUGCAUGAUUAUUAUGUAUAAGCAGAAGGACACUGUCAUGCAUCAUCUCUAUCAGCGCUGACUCUGCAAAGCUUUUCUUUAGCCAUUUCUGCUUUAUUUUAUUUUUUGUCUUCUGUUGUAGAUCGUACAGUGAGGAUGCAGGUAAACACAUGAACAAGGGCAGAGAGAUACAGUGAGAAAAAUGCAGCAUUCAUCAAGGCGUCAUCAUUAUACACUGGACAUAACAGUGAAUGGAGAAUGCUGGAGCUGCAUGUGCUGUCAUUGAAUUCAGUCUAAACUGACUUCAAAUACAGCGGCUCGAAUGGCAGGCACUGAAAUAUGAAGAGAGCUUUGACCAGAUGUAAACACAAUCCCAUGCUGCACUGCUCACAGAAUGGACUCAAACGGUGAUGGCAAAGAAGAAUGGACGGAGGAGCAAUGGGAGAAAUGGCUGACCCAUGACAUAGGGUUGGAUGAAUUUGAAGAUGAGGACCUGUCUGAAAUCACAGAAAUGACUGAUGAAUUUGAAUUCAGGGCCAGGCGACACAACUCUGACAUCAAGCAGGACCAUGUGAUUCAAGCACCCAAUAGUGGCUUGGACAAGGUGGAGGCAGGCGCAGUGGGUCAGAUCCAGGCAGAGACACAUCCUUUACAUCUUACUGAUGCUGUUGAUAGGAGCCAAAGAGUGGCUUGUCGAUACGACAGCAAAGCAUCUAUGGAUUCUGCGGUUCCUUUCACCAUGGAUACCUACCGUCCAAAAAGACCGACCACUCUCAACUUAUUCCCACAGGUGCCCAGGACUCAGGACACUUUAAACAACAACUCAUUUGCGAAGAAGUACAGCUGGCAGCAGAAAAUCUCUCAGACCUUGCCGCCGCUUAAAACAGGUGAACUGACGCCAUCUCGUGAGCACACGUGUCUAAGCGAUGAGGAGAAGCACCAACCAGGCAGCGGUCGGAAAGACUGUGGCACCUCGACUGACAAGCCCAAACACACUCAAGCUCCUGCUCCUUCUGCUGUACUAUCUGUCCCAUGUAAAGCCAGAGAUGUACACAGAGAACUGGGUCACUGCGAGAAGAUCCGUUAUCACACAGACGUCCGGCUCGAGCCUACAGAGGAGAUCUAUCUGACACCAAUACAGCGUUGCACAGAGGCUCCGCAGAACGAGAAAGCGCAGGUCACCGCAGUCAGCUCUGACAAUGAAGCCCCCCCUCCAUACCAUGAGCAGGAUCUGCAACCCCCUUCCUAUUUUUCUUGUGUGGACGCUUCGGCCGCUGACAGUAGCGGUGAAGAAGUAACUGGAGCGGGAGAUCUGUGUUAUAGAGACUGCGGCGCUGGCGAGGAUCAUGCCCAUCGCGAGAGCUUGUCGGGAACGCUGAAAACUUCCAUGAGCAACUCAGACGCAAGUGGACUUUCGUACGAUUCGGUCAAAUACACACUGGUCGUGGAUGAGCACGAUCGGCUGGAACUCGUCAGUUUAAGAGAGUGUUAUCGUGGCUACAGCGAUGACAGUGAUUCGGCCACCAUCUAUGAUAAUUGCGUUUCCUCUCCAUAUGAGUCGGCUCUUGAGAAAGAGUACGAGGAGGAUGAGAAUGAAGACAAAGGAAGAAAACAAAGUGGGAUCAAAGCCUCAAUGUGUCUGUCAGAGGACUCUACCCCUGAGGCCGACAUGCCAUUUUCUCGAAAAUUUGUUAAUGUUUUCAUGAAUGGCUGCUCACGCUCCUCCAGUACAGAAUCGUUUGGCUUGUUUUCCUGCAUGAUUAAUGGAGAGGAGAGGGACCAGACACACAGAUCCGUCUACAGAUUUGUCCCUCGUCACGACGAUGAGCUGGAGCUGGAGGUCAAUGACCCUCUGCUGGUGGAGGUGCAGGAUGAGGAUUACUGGUAUGAGGGAUACAACAUGAGAACAGGAGAACGGGGGAUCUUUCCUGCCUAUUACGCCACUGAGGUCUUUCAGGAGCAACAACUUACUUUAAAUGCAAAAAGUACUGAAUGGAUGGACAAAUAUACAAUGAAAUUCCUUGGCUCAGUUCAAGUACUGAAUCACAAAGGCAGUGAUGUUCUCUGUGCAGCUAUGCAAAAGAUUGCGAUGAACAGGAGACUGACUGUACAUUACAAUCCACCGUCAUCCUGCAUCCUGGAGAUAAACGUGAAGGGACUGAAACUCACAGUGCAGGAUGAUUUCGACAUGAGUAGCCAAUAUAGUCACUUUUUCCAUUUGAAAAAUGUCUCAUUCUGUGGCUACCAUCCCAGGAACAGGAAGUAUUUUGGCUUUAUUACAAAACAUCCCGCUGAUGAGAGAUUCGCCUGUCACGUCUUUGUGUCUGAGAACUCCACUAAACCCCUUGCGGAGUCUGUGAGGAAAGCAUUCCACUUGUACUAUAAAGAGUUUGUGGAGGUCUCGUGUCCAACAGAAGACAUUUACUUGGAAUAAUCUCCGAUUAAAAUGAGCUGCAAAGCAAUGUAUAAAACAGCUAUGCUAAAUGAAUAUAUGAGAAAUAAUAAUAUGUGUAUAUAAACAAAGACUAAUAUAUCUGACAAAAAGGACCAAACAAGAUGAAGAGACUGACGGUUGUAAGGUGAUGCACACGACUUGAUUUUGUGUUGGAAUUCGUCAGACGGCGAAAAAUUGUACAGUAUAAAAGUCUGAAAUUAUUUUCAUGGAUGUUGAGGAUUUUGGAUGCGUGUUUCCCAGCUAACAGGGAACGUUCUCAGAACUUUGGCUAACGUUCUGGCAAGGUUCUCUCAAAGUUAUGAACAAAAAAAAAGAAUGUUCGUUCAAAGUUAUCUGGUCUUUAAUAAUGUUCUCAAAAUGGCAACAUGAAAACAUG